AUGGCCUCUAUCCAUUCGUUGCGCAACGUGAUCCUGCUUGUUGCGUGGCUACUGUUGCACCUCGGGUCCAUUUGCACCGCAGCACAACCUGAACCUUCGAUCGGAUCCGUCGCUGCAGUGCCGUCUCCGGCAAGACAGGACUGGAGCGCGCUGCCGAGGGCGUCGGUGUCACCGCUGGGCGCCUUCUCUGUGCGGUUCGGACCAGGAGCGCAAACGGUGCUUCCAGUCACAGGCACAUCGAGUGCUACUUCUACCGCUCAGUCUGGGAUGGCUUCGAUGAUGAGCGGUCUCCAGAGUCAAGCCGCUGUCAUGCACUCCAUGGGCGCUCAGAUCAUGCCGAAUGAAACCGGCUUGGAGCAAAAUCACAUUAACCAGAAUCAGUUCGCCACGAUCAAUGCUGAACUUGAGGGCGCUCUGAAUAACAUGCAGGAUGCAUAG